AUGGCACCAAGCAGGGGUGGUAUGGUCAUCUUCUCUGGAGGAACUGCGGCCAACUCUUUGGUGGAUGUCUUCGAGUCAAUACGAAAAUCAAGAUCCAGUUCAAUAUCCUAUAUCAUUCCCAUAAGUGAUAAUGGCGGGUCGUCUUCUGAGUUGAUCCGUGUGUUCGGAGGUCCAGGUAUUGGAGAUGUCAGAUCCAGGCUAAUCAGAUUAAUCCCUCUACAACCAUACAGCCAGGAAAGAGAGGUAAUUGGCACAUUGUUGAGCCAUCGCCUGUCAGGUUCAGAUACACGAGAUGCGCGGAACGAAUGGGCUGAUGUUGUCGAUGGGACUUCCCCACUAUGGAACGGCAUAUCCUCAGCCAAGAAGGAGCUCAUUCGGUCCUUCUUCAACCUCGUCAAUCUCGAGAUUUUGAAACGUUCCAGGCCACCUACCUCAACAUUCGAUUUUCGGAGUGCAAGCAUUGGUAACUUUCUCCUUACCGGCGCUAGACUGUUCAGUGGCAGUUUCGAAAGCGCGAUAUACCUGCUCAGCGCUGUCUGCGGAAUACCUGACGAAGAGGUCAAGGUGAUACCGAGCAUUAACUCCAAUUUCUCUCACCACAUCGCCGCUGAGCUGGAAGAUGGAUCGGUAAUAGUUGGCCAGAACAGCAUAAGUCAUCCUUCUCCUAAUGUGGACCAUAUGGGAGGUUCGAGUCAGACAGAAACGAAGAGGCCGCAAUCUGAUAUACAUGACGCUGCUGUUAACAACAUCACCAGCUCAGCUACACCCACUCCUUUGCCAGGCAUGAAGGAUGAUGUGGAAGCAGGGCUCAAUGCAGCGGAGGAGGAAGACGCACAUCCACCAUUCACUUUGCCCACAUUAAGAACCAGCAACAUAACCUUUUCGAAGGCAGCCGAAGAGCUUGUCGAUUUACCUUCGAAGAUAAAUCGAAUAUACUAUGUGAACUCCUUUGGUCAGGAGAUCCUGCCUCCUGCCAAUCCUCGAGCAGUACAAGCAUUGCAACAUGCUGAAGCCAUCAUAUACUCUAUUGGCAGUCUUUAUACCAGCAUCGUACCCAAUCUCGUCCUCCGAGGUGUUGGUCAAGCCAUGCACAAGAGCCAAGCAUCACUCAAAAUACUCAUCCUUAACGGCUGUCUCGACCGAGAAGUAGGGCCUGACUCGCCUGGAAGACCUUUCACAGCUGCAGACUUCAUUGACGCAAUCGCAAGAGCCGGUGAGCAGAGUCGGGGUGUGGUGUGGUCGCCGAACAAUCGCGCUUGCGAUCAGAACGCUCAACACUCUACAACCGAGGCUGCACAACGACAAUCUCGUCGGCCAAGCCUGCAGAGGGCGAAAUCAGAGGGUGUGAGCCUGGUCUCACAGAGUCAGACAACUCGUGCAAGACUUUUGCCUCCGCCAAUGCUUGCCUCUGCGAUGCCAUCACGUGUGGCAUCUCCCUCAAGUUCUCCAGAUCGGCCAAGUUGUCAAACAAUGUCGACCACUGUCUCCAAUGGUUCAGCAAAUUCAUCAAAUGCCGUAUACAAGCAUUAUGUAACGCACCUCAUUCACCUCCCGAACUCAGAAGGUACACCAUGGGUUGAUCAAGAGCACCUCGCCUCGCAUUACGGUGUGAAGUGCAUACGAGUGUACGGUAGGCGUAACAAACAUGGUCCAGGAAUGUUGUAUGAUACACAAGCUUUGAGAGGCGCUAUAGAGGCCGUCUUGGGUGGUCGAAGUCAAGACAAGACGUCGAGAGCUGAUGAUGAUGAGACAGGCUCACGAAUGAGGUUGCAGGAACGAGAGAGAGGCAGGAGGAACACGGUUGAGCGAUAG